UAACAAAAUUUUAACUCUGGCUGUGCCGUGUAGGACUGCUGCACCAUUUUUUUUUUUAUUGACCUGCAGGGCUGCUGUAAAUAGCGCAAUAGCCAAAAUGUGGUAUUUUUUAGGCAUUCCAAUGCGGCAUCGCAGCACGUGUGUACACACUGUUCGUGAUUCAUCAGCUGUCAUUAAUUCGAGAAAGUUUAGAUUGAAAACAACACGAAUACAGAACGCAAUUUACAAUAAGUCGUGGAAAUCUUUGUGUUACCUAUUGAAAAAUCUAUUCGGCAUGUCGGUCAACACGGCACACGCAAAUAAUGGUGUGCUCAUACAUGCGGGCGAGUACAUUCUACUGCACAGCGAUAGCGUGUCAAUGGAGUUUUCCGGACAGGACGGACAUCUGUUCAAGGGCUCGAAGCAGGGACGCGUUUAUCUAACAUCGCAUAGGAUGAUUUUCAACAGCAAGAAAUCCAGCGAUGUAAUGCAAUCCUUCAGUGCUCCCUUUGUGGCUCUUUCCGAUGUUGAAAUCGAGCAACCCGUUUUUGGAGCGAACUACAUUAAGGGCAAGGUCCGUGCACAGCCCAAUGGCAAUUAUGUGGGCGAGGUCAAGUUCAAGCUGUACUUCAAGGCAGGCGGAGCCAUUGAGUAUGGACAAGCGUUGCUGCGCGCCGCUAAAACGGCGCAAAGCAACUUCCAUCGCGGCGGACUUGCUGGCGAUGAUCCGCCACCGUACGUGCCAUCUGGUGCCUGGCAUGAGGCUCCUCCACCAGCUUACCAGCCACCACCCGGCUAUUACGGCUGGCUGCCGCAGCAUGAUGCCUUCAGUGGUCCGGCUCCGAACACUGUGUUUGUAAGCGACAACCCGCCGCCGUAUCCGGGCAUGACACCACCAAACAAUCAACCAGCACCACAAGCACAGCCGCAACAGAGUCCGACUGAACCGACUUGGUAUGGUUUUUCAGCACCACCAGAGCAGCAGCCGCAACAACAGCCUGGCUAUGGUCCCCAAGGAUGGGGUGGUGGCUAUGCACAGCCGCCGCCGUACGCAUCCUGUGCUCCGGCAUGCCAACCGCUGCCACCCUAUGGCGGACAGCCAGCGCCUGGCCAAGGUCCACAGGUUCCGUAUGGGGGCUUUAAUCCUAAUAUACCCGGAGGUUUUAUGCAACCAGGUUUUAUGCCACCACAGCAACCUAGUGGUUAUCCAGGCUCUGCUCCGGCACAGCAACCAAACGGUUAUCCAGGCUCUGCUCCGGCACAGCAACCCAACGGCUAUCCAGGCUCUGCUCCUCCACAGCAACCCCCGGCUGCUGGUGCUGCGGCCAAUGCAGCAGGCGGUGCGGCUGCAGCAAACUUUAUGGGCUUCAGCUUGCCACCUGGAAAUUCUAAGGAAGCGGAAGCGGCUGCUAGCGCUUAUAAUACACCCUAUAAUCAGCGCGGACCCGGUGCAUCCGGUUCCAGCGAAAUGCCGCCAUCAUAUAAUAAUUUGCCACCCAGUUACGAUGAUGCAUCAAAGAAACAACAAUAAAAUUAGCCUGUCAAAAUUUAAAAUAUAUUCAACACAAGCACGGCUCAUUCCGAUUAGAAUUACACACAAGGGCACACGUAGUUUUCUACGUUCAACUAUAAAUUAAGGCCUGUUGCUGUUAGCAUUAUAUCAUAGAGCUUUCUCUUAAUUAUUUUGGCCUAGCCUGCGAAAAUAUGUUGAUAAUUAAAGUAACGCUUUGUUAAAUUUGGCCAUUA